GCAGUCGCGGGGUCCCCGCUGGGCAAGUCCGCUUCGCGGGCGAGGAGCCUCCGCCGGAGCCAGGAGUGGCGCACCGCAGGCCGGAGGGGCAGCUAAGGUACCUACCGCGCCGGCCCUCUUGAGCAGCCCCGUCCGAUCAACUAACUCUCUGCUGGACGCGAAGAUGCUCCGCUGCUUUGCUUCUUGCCCGCGAGCUCCCUCCCCUCUCCAAGCUUAACGCCGCUUCUUCCGAGGCUCCCUCCAAACUCCGCGCCUCAGCUGCCUUCUCCUCCUUUAUUCCCCUCCCUCUCCAGUCUAAGAAAUGACCCCACGGACGGAGGGUCCCAAGGCAGCUCUUAAAAGGGUCAUUGAUACAUUGGGACUGUUGGGUAGGAAAGAAGGGAAGACAAAAGAGAGACAAACAUGUGGAUUCAGCCUCUGUCUCCUCUCUCCAGGCAGCAGAGAUAGGAAAGUAAUUCUGAUCCAGCUGCCUGCAUGGGGGAAAAUGAAGAAAGAAGCUGCUUCAGAUAACUGAAGACUAGCUGCUGCUGACAGACCUGUCCUCGUGAAUUUACCACAUCCUUUUAAAAGGCUAUCUCGGGUCAUCUGUGGUGGUGAAUUGUCCAAGUCAGCCUUCCCCAAUCUGAUGCCAAAUGCAAACUCCUCUCACCCUAGCCAACAAGCAAUGUGGGUUUCCUAUGUGCUGUGAGAAGGGUUCUGGGCUGUUUUGAACGUGCCCAUUGAAUUUAGAUCAAGUGGAAAGAAUGGCCCAGGUUCUGCACAUGGAGACUGCUUUCCCAGGAAAGGGCAAUCCAGCCUCUGCUACAAUCUUUCAUGGGAAGGAGCAAGACUUAACUUACUCAGUGGAGACUCCUUAUGGCUACCGCCUUGACCUGGACUUUCUCAAGUAUGUGGAUGACAUUGAGAAAGGCCACACUAUUAAGCGCAUUCCAGUCCAUCGCCGACCACGCUACAGCUCAUUGCCACGGGGCUAUGGCUACACUGGUUCAUGGUGGACAUCCACUGAGUCCCUCUGUUCCAAUGCCAGUAUGGACAGUCGCCACUCCUCCUAUUCUUAUUGUGGCCGUAGCUUCUACCCACAGUACACUAAUGCAAUUCCAAGCAGUUUCAAUGCCCGUGUGGAGAAAACUUUGCUCGAUGCUAGAAAGAAGUUAGAAGACCAGGCAGACUUAGAUGGGGAAACACCCACAGCAAGUGGUCUAGGAAGUCUCCACAACAGUGUAUCUGGUUCAACAAGUUCUUUGGUUGGAAGCCAGGGUGUUUCCCGUCAGACUUCUUACAAUGGCUCACAGCAAGGUGCUCCUGGACAAUUUACACCAAUUGGUUCUGGAUUGUCCACUCCAGUCUCGCCAACCCCAGGACAUCUUCAACAUGUCCGUGAGCAGAUGGCUGUGGCCUUGAAGAAGUUGCGCCAAUUGGAAGAGCAGGUCAAGAUGAUCCCAGUGCUUCAGGUGAAGAUCUCAGUGCUACAGGAAGAGAAAAGGCAGCUUAGUGUUCAGCUUAAAAGCCAGAAGUUCUUAGGGCAUCCAGGAGGAUUUGGCAAGGGCAAAUCAAGAGGGGAGCUCUACAUAGAUAUCCCUGAGGAGGGGGCAGGUGGAAAUACAGAGGACAGCAGUACAAGGUCUGGCAUGAAGGGUAAAUUGGAUAAGAAGGAAGUGAGGUCAGUGGGUGUGGGAAGGACAGCUGAAGAUGGAGAGCUGAAUGUGGAAGUGGGAACAUGUGACAUAGGGGUAGCAGUCAGGGAGGAGGAGUUGGGUUUGCCUUCCCCAGAGGAGGAGCAGCAAUGCCAAGCUAUUCAGGCCUUAUCCACCAAAAUUGCUGUACUAGAAACACAACUGAAGAGAGCACUUCAGGAUCUCCAGGCUGCCCAUCAGAAACUGGAUCAUCAGGGCAGGGAGAAGGAAGACAAAGAAACUUCAACAAGGGAUGAGGGCCUGAUGGAAUGGGCAGUAAGAGUAGAAGGUCCAGAGCAGUGGGAUGCCCCCAUUCGGGUUGAUGCAGUCAAAGUUGUCCAAGUGGAAAGGGAGCCAGAGAUUGCAGCCAGUAUAGCUACAGGGCCGCAGAGGGCACAACUCCUGGAGAGCAAGGAGCCCUAUGCCAGCCUCAGACCUUCAGCAGGCAAAGAUUCAGCAUCUGAGAAAGUUCAGUUGCCACUUUGUGCCACAUAUCACAGCAGUGAGGUGAUGGAAACCACUUUCCCAAUUCAUGCUGGCUCAGCAACCACAGCUACCACCUUCCAUUCUGUGAAGAAGAUCAGCAUUGUCAACACAGAAGAGGAUGGGCAUGGAAAGAAAGAAGCAAGAGAGCCCAAAGAACCACUGGAGAAAAUUGAAUAUUCAGUUCUUGACUCCCUUCAGGCAGAACAGGUGGUUCCAUGCCUCUCUCAAGAACCUAAACUGGAUGCGCAGAAGGAGGGAGAGGAUCAAGCUUCAUCCAUUGCAGGGAUCCGGUCAAUUAUGAAGAAGAAGGAAGAACCUACGGAAAUUCUGACUAGCAAGAAAAGCCUCCAGUUUGUGGGUGUCAAUGGAGGGUAUGAGUCCACCUCUUCUGAGGACUCCAGCACAGCUGAGAACGUCUCAGACAAUGAAAGUACUGAGAGUGAAUACCAUGAGGCGAGUGAGGGCCUCCCUGCUGGGCAGGGAGUUGUAGCUGAAGCCUCGAAGCUUUCUGGAAUAACCACAGACACCCCACAUCCUGGAGACCCUGUCGAGAUGGGGAAAAUAACUACAGCAGAAGGUCCCAGCAAGGAACCAGCAGGCAAAACUGGAUUGGGUCUCAGCAAAGAGUUGCUUUCAGCCUGUGCAGUUCUUCAGAAAUACCUAGAAAAUGGCAACCCACAUAUGGAUGAAGAGACGAAAUUAGCUUAUACCUCAAUGCUCCACUAUUGGCUCAAGCUUUCCUGCCACAAAGAAGCCGACCCAGAGCUGAUCUCGCUACACUUGACGGCUUUCCAGGCGGUUUCCCCGCAGUUGCUAGAAUUCAUCAUCAAUGUGGCGGAUGCCAACGGCAACACGGCCCUGCAUUACACUGUCUCGCAUUCCAACUUCCCUGUGGUCGCAAAGCUGCUUCAAACAGGUUUGUGUCAUGUGGACCAACAGAACAAAGCUGGCUAUACAGCCAUCAUGCUCACAGCACUGGCUGCCUCACAGACCGAAAGUGACAUGGAGACUAUUGUGCAGCUACUGAACAGGGGCAAUGUGAAUGCCAAAGCCAGCCAGGCUGGGCAAACAGCAUUGAUGUUAGCUGUCAGCCACGGGCGUCUAGAGAUGGUGCGUGCCUUGCUAGCAAGUGCUGCAGAUGUCAACUUGCAAGAUAAUGAUGGUUCCACUGCACUGAUGUGUGCCUGUGAACACGGCCAUGCUGAGAUUGUCCGCCUGCUGUUGGCUACCCCUGGAUGUGAUGUUGCCCUGUCAGACAAUGUAAGUCCUGUUUAUGUUUCUGCUGCUGCUGCUGCUACUUCUGCUGCUGAAUUUUUAGGUGGAAAUUUGAGGACAAGGAAUCCUUGUCUUCUACCUCAGUGGCCAUAGCAAAAACCCUGCACGAUAGAUUUAGUUCAGUUCCUCAGGAAAAUAAGCAGACUUACUCAGGGCCAAAGUU